UCAAAAUGUGAGGGUAAAAAGAAACAGCUUCCUUUGGUAAUUAGUGUUUGAUUAAGAAAGCGAAUCGGCUCAAAAUAUGUUUAAAGGGACAUCACGUGAUCAAAAAUAAAACCCGAAAACUAGAAGCCCUCAUGAUACACACACACUUACACUUGUACUUGUACUUGUAAAAUGAAUAUUACAGAAGCGUGUGUUCAUGAGUGCUGUAGGGCGACUACAGUGCACAUGUUUCAGUUAUUGGACACUGUUGAACUGUGAUUCAUAAUAACUAAACACUUCAGGGAACUGAGCAGUAAUUAGAAUCGUGUGUGAUGGAGAGAGGGAGAGGGAGAGGGAGAGGGAGAGGGAGAGGGACGGACGGACGGAAGCUGAGUACGGCAAAGCUGCUGUUGUUUUUAUAAUGACCAUCUCAUCUAUGUCUCAAUGUUUGCGAAGUACAGUACAGGUGCCAGAUCUUAUGAGAUUUUCUGACACUUGUUUCUAAAAAAUGACAUCAAAAGUAAUAUACGUUACAGUGAACGGAAGACCCGAACAGGCGGAGUUCCCAGCGGACUGUCCUGCUCAAGAUGUUAAAGACUUGUUCCGAGCUGCAGCAGAGGCAGGACCCCAUGAUAUCCUAAAGCUGUACAACACGAAAGGAAACAUUAUCAACAUCUCACCGAAGCUGGAGCCCAACAGUCCUCAGAGUCGCUACAAGCUGGAAGUAGUUGCUGCUGAUUGCAACAGUGAGCCUUUAGGGUCCGAGUUGGCAGUGGCUUUGGGGUUUGACCUUUCUGUCAUGGAAAAAAGGUUACAGAGCUUGGAGAAGAAGAUUCUGGGUGAAGCUGGAGAAACUCCUUCCAUUGUGUAUGAAAUGAAGAACCAGGUGGAAUCAUUUAGGGAGAAACUGGAGAGCGUCGAGCACCUGAGCUGGCUGGGGCUGUUCAAGGAGCUCUCCUCCACAGGGACACACAAGCCGUCUCCCUUCUAUCACAAGAGAGCGCUCCGGAAAACCAGAGAGGAGUGCGAGCGCGUCCGGGAGAACUUCCUGCAGAUGAGCACCCUGGAAGUCACAGAGGAGGUCAGGCAGUACCUGAAGACACCUACAUUUGAUAACUGGCAGUGGGAAGAUGCUGAGAUCAUGGUGCUGCUGCAGUUGAUGUACACAGACCUGGACUUCAUCACCACGUUCCACAUUGAACUGGAGGUGCUGCAGCAGUUCCUCUACGAGGUGUACAAGCACUACAACAACAUUCCCUUCCACAACUUCAACCACUGCUUCUGCGUCACUCAGAUGAUGUACGGUUUGAUCUGGUUGACCGACCUCCGGAGUAAAAUAGAUGAAAUUGAUCUCUUAACUAUGUUAACAUCAGCUGUUUGCCAUGAUCUAGACCACACAGGAUACAACAAUGCAUAUCAGAUCAAUGCUCGUACAGAACUGGCGCUGAGGUACAACGAUAUCUCUCCCUUAGAAAACCAUCACUGUGCCGUGGCUUUCGAAAUCCUUGAAAAGCCGGAAAACAACAUUUUUCGAAAUCUGACUACAGAGCAGUACAAAAGGAUUAGAGAGGGGAUGAUCAAGUGCAUUCUAGCUACAGACAUGACCAGACACAAUGAGAUCCUAAACCAGUUCAAAUCCAUCCUGCCAGUGUUCGACUUCAGCAACAAAGAUCACAAAGAUAAACUCAUGAUGACAAUGAUCAAAGUGAGUGAUAUCUCCAAUGAAGCCCGCCCCAUGGAUGUUGCAGAACCAUGGCUAGACUGCUUGCUCCAAGAGUUUUUUAACCAGAGCGAUAUGGAGAAACUGGAAGGUCUCCCCGUGUCUCCCUUUAUGGAUAGAGAUAAAGUGACAAAGCCGUCGUCUCAGACCGGAUUCAUCCGCUUCGUCCUGUUUCCUCUGUUCAUGGAGCUCGCUAACCUCUUCCCUAACCUGGAGCAACACAUUAUUGACCCUGUCCGGAAAGCCCUGGAUUACUACACAGAGAUGGAGAAGGCUCUGGAGAAGGAAAAGAAGGAAAAGCAGAACCGAGCCCAGAGCGAAAAGGCAGCCAAAGAGAAAAGCAUGACGACAAGCCAGCUGGAACCCAAGAAACCAGCCAACGGAAACCUUCCCAAACCUGGGGGUUCCAGCACCACCAAACCUAAACCACCGGCAGCACCCACCCUAAAACACAUCAACAAAUAGCAUUGAACAGCCUCUGUCUGACUGCUGCUCCACACCAGCACAAGAAAUAGCAUUAACAUAGCUCUGUUCAGGAGGCUUGGUGGUCCAGUGAUUACAGAAAGGGGCUUGUUACCAGGAGGUUCCCAGUUUAAUCCUGACUCAGCCACUGACUCACUGUGUGACCAUGAGCAAGUCACUUAACCUUGUGCUCUGUCUUUCAGAUGAGAUGUAAAACCAAGGUUCAAUUGUAAGUGAUUCUGCAGCAGUAGUUGUUGAUGUAUAAUUCACCCCUAGUCGCUGUAAGUCGCUUUGGAUGAAAGUGUCUGCUAAAUGACUCAUUAAUAAUAUUUCUAUCAGUUCUAUGUAAUUGGAUCAACAGCUUUCACAGACUUUCUAGUGACCCAAUGGCAGCUCAACACAACCGGGUAUCCCAUUAACACUGUCUCUGGCGUGUCAAAAGCCAAUAGCAUUAAUCUUCAGUUGGAACAAAGUUCUGCCAGCAGGGGUCACUGUUGGUAAUGGGGUUUACAGUUAGAGAUACACCUGAAAACCAAACACAACUUCAUCCUCGAAAUCAAUAUUUUGUUAAUUUAUUGUUAAAAGGCUGUUCUCUGUAAAAUGCCAUAAACAUGUGAUGUUUCUGCUCUUUGUAUAUUACAAAAAUUGAUGUGAAUAACUGAAAAUAAAUGACUGGUGUAUUUCCCUU